AUGAACUCAUACCGAAAAAAACUUAUCGAAUCUUUAAUUAUCAAUUACUGGAAUCGAAAGACGAUUUCUAAAAACAUAGGGUUUUACAAUUGUCUUCAACAAAUUGGCACAAAGAUUAAUUUGACUUCAGAUGAUAAGCAGGAAGUUCAUAGACUUUACUAUAGUAUACUUUCAACUCUUAGUGAAGAAAGCUCAAUCAGCCAACCAGUGAGAAAAAAGAUGGAAGCUGAGAAAAAGGAUUUUAUGAAAACAAUCAAAUCUCUUGAAGUGACGAAAUUCUGGGAAAGUAAACAAGGAGAGUCAUAUAGAAUCACUUUAGACGGCCAUACGCGAAAGGAAAAGAUGUAUUUAAGCUCCCUUCAUCUCACACAAUUGCAGGAGGAAGAUGCGAAUGAAGUUGCAGAGGAAAAGGAUGAAACCACAGAUGAAUAUGCCUGCAUUGAGAAUGAAGCACUUGAUGUGGAAAAUAAUGAAGGUGAUGAUGAUUCUACUACACACAACCAAGCACUUGUUCCAAAUGAAGACAUCCAAUAUGUCGAAAGAGAUGAGCCAGAUGCCAUAUAUCGAACUCGACGUUGGAUAUUAUCUAGUGGUACAGAUGUGGGUCAAAUUUUGUCUGAAUACAGGCAAAAAAUUCCAGAGUCACAAAAGUGUAUUGACCCCAUCUACUGGGGAAUCCUCGAUUUGACAGGAUCACACCCAGAAACCAAACGACUUUUUUCCCCAAAAGACUGGGCCGAAAUGAUAAAAAGCUUUGAAGAUGAAAUAGAAUUUAACAAAGAAGAUAUACCUGAUGUUUUAUAUCUGUUUUUCGAUGAAGUUGAACUGAUAAUUAAAAGUAAUGAAAGGAGCGAAGAUAUUAUCACAGAAAUUGAAAACAUCUCCCCACAGAAAAUGGAAACAAAGCAUAAUAUCAUUCUUAACCCUAAAGACAAAAUUAUGUUAAUGAAAUUCAAGAGAGCUACUCUUGUUUAUGCAGAGAAUUUAGCUUACGUUGAUUUGCCGGUAUCUGAAGGGGAAAUUUGUUCUUGGGCUUCGUCUCAAAGACGUAAUGAAGGUCGUUCGAUAAUUCUUCGUGCCCGAGUUGGCCAAAAAUGUGAUUUCCGAGGGACAUUAAAAAACAGUGUUACCAAAUUAGAAGCAUUAUUAGGCCUCCGAAGUGGUGGUCUCCCUGAAGCUCACCGAAAAAAAAAAUUUUUAGAUGCUCUCGACUUAUCAAUCACAAUGAGGGAUACUCUCUAUGCAUUUUUUAAUUAUAAUUCAAAUGCUCCUGAUGAAGAAUUACAUAAGAUGUUUGUUUUUGGUAUCCAAUCUUGGGGUUGGGAAUAUCAAAUUGUUGCAAUGGAUUGCAAAGGAACAAAUAUCUGUCGAUAUGGAAAGUUAUCUACAACUAUUUUACCCAAUUCUACAAAAACACUUGGAAUCCUUGAAAAGUUCUUUGUUGAAAUGGAAAACAUAAAUGUUAACCUUAAUUCCAUAUGCAAAAAAUCAAACAAAAUUGCCCUACUCCAUGCCCGAGCACAUAGAAUCAAACGAAAAAGAAACGAUCAAGAAAAGGACCAAGUAGAAAACACUCAUGUGGAAGUUGGAGGGUGCUUUGGCGAAAUUACUAAUACCCCUAUCAAAAGACGAGUUCAAGAAUUUAUGUUUGAUUAA